AUGAGUAACAACAACAGUAAUGGAAACCAAAGUGUAAACAAUGAUGUUGAUAUGGAUAUUGACGAUUUAAGUAACAAUGAACAACCAUCUAUAAAUCAGAAUUCAAGACAGCAAAAUCUAUGGUAUCCGACAAAUCGUCAAGCGAGUACUGUAUCGCAACUUCCAAGUUUAUUUCGUCAAACAUCCAUUAGAUUAGGCGAUAACAAUAACAAUAAUAAUAAUAUGUUAAGAAUGAGUGAUGCAAACGUAACGACAACUACCAACAUGAACCCGAUACCGCAUUCUGCUGAUUUGCUUCUAGAAGCUUCUGCUUUGCUUGCUGAUAAUCCAAACCGAACUAGGAGUGCAAACAUGAAAAUGAAUAACACUCAUAGUAAUAAUAAUAAUAAUAACAAUAAUGAUUUAUUGCUUACAAUGGCCACGGAUUUAGCUAAUUUGCAAACAAAUAUAGAAUUAUUGUCAGAGGAAGACGCACAACAAGUCCUUGAAUUUCAAACGUUAUUAAGAGAGAAGACUAUUUUAUUUUUAAAUAAUAUUGAGAAAAGAAGACAAGAAACCCUUGAGAAUUUACACAUAGAUAAUUUGAAAUUGCAACAUUCUCAAUCCCCUCAGGCUUCCAUCAUUUUGAAUAAAUUGCAAAGAAUGAGAGUGAGAGCUGUUGAAACUGAAACAAGAGAGUUACAAAAAUUAAGAUUGAAAAUAUUAACUAUAGUCGAUGAAUAUGAAAAAUCCCUCGAAUAUUAUUACACACACAGAGGUCUAGACACUAACUAUAUGACAAUUAUAAACCCAACGUAUUUAUUUAAAGAAUGGGUUCAAUCCUUAGAUCCAGAUACAAAUCCAGAAUUGACAGAUGGAUUGAAUCAAUUGAAUGAAAAAUCAAGAAGGUUAUUAAUUGAUAUUCUUCAUACAACUAAAAACCCUGAUUUAUUUGCAAACCCACCACGAGAUCAAGCAUUAAUACGAUACAGUAAUAAUAUGUACGUGCCAUUCCCAUUACAUAAAAUGCCGUCAGAAAUAUUACAUUUAGUCUUGGAUAAAUUAGCGAAUAGAAACGAGUUGGUCUAUUUGCUAACAGUGAAUAAAUUAUGGGCUGAAAUAAUCGUGAAAAUAAUAUAUUACAGACCACAUUUGAAUAAAAAACAUCAAUUAGAGCUAUUUAUGAGAACAAUGAGCCGUACAAACACAGAAACAAUAUUUGAUUAUAGAUCACUAAUUAAAAGAUUAAAUUUUUCAUUCGUUGGUGAUUUCUUAACUGAUGAAGAAUUAAUGUAUUUUAUUGGUUGUUCUAACUUGGAAAGGUUAACUUUAGUAUUCUGCAAACAUAUUACAAGUGCCCCAGUGGCCGCAGUAUUGAAUAACUGUAAAUAUUUACAAAGUGUUGAUAUCACGGGGGUUAAAGAAAUAUCUGAUGACGUGUUUGAUUCUUUAGCACGAAGUUGUCCCAGAUUACAAGGAUUUUAUGUACCUCAGGCAAAAACAGUGACAUUAAAUUCAUUAACAAAUUUUAUUCAUCAUGUACCAAUGUUGAAAAGAGUCAAAAUCACUGCAAAUGUAAAUAUGAAUGAUGAAUUAGUUGAACUAAUGGCUGAUAAAUGUCCAUUACUUGUAGAGGUGGAUAUCACUUCGAGUCCGAAUAUUCAUGAUUCAAGUCUUUUGAAACUUUUCACAAAAUUAACACAAUUAAGAGAGUUUAGAAUUACUCAUAAUCUAAACAUAACUGAUCAAUUUGUUCUGGAAUUAUAUAAGAAAGUGAAAUUAUUACCAUCGUUAAGAUUAAUUGAUUUCUCUAGUUGCGACCUUAUCACUGAUAGAAUGAUUGAAACGCUUGUUCUAAUGGCUCCUAAAUUAAGGAACGUGUUUGUGGGGAAAUGUAGUAAAAUUUCAGACAGGUCAUUAAGAAGUUUAGCUAAAUUGGGGAAAAAUUUACAAACAGUCCAUUUUGGUCAUUGUUUUAAUAUUACAGAUCAAGGUGUUCGAACAUUGGUACAAUCCUGUCCACGUAUUCAAUAUGUGGAUUUUGCAUGUUGUACAAAUUUAACAAAUCGUACAUUGUAUGAAUUGUCUGACUUAACAAGAUUGAAAAGAAUUGGUCUCGUGAAGUGCUCUCAAAUGACCGACGAAGGAUUAUUGAACAUGAUUUCAUUAAGAGGUAGAAAUGAUACGUUAGAGAGAGUUCAUUUAUCAUAUUGUUCUAAUUUGACCAUCUAUCCAAUUUACGAAUUAUUAAUGGCAUGUCCAAGAUUAUCACAUUUAUCAUUAACUGCAGUACCAUCAUUUUUACGUCCCGAUAUAACAGCAUUUUGUAGAACUGCUCCAGCUGAUUUUAGCGAUAAUCAAAGACAAAUUUUUUGUGUCUUUUCUGGCCGUGGUGUUCAUAGAUUACGUCAUUAUCUGAUGAGCUUAACUACACCAACUGAUAGUCCUCAAACCAGUAUUCAUGAUGUAUUGACAAGAUAUAUAAUAGCGAAAAAUAUGUUAAAACCAGGAGAAUCAAUAAAAGAUGCUAUAAAAAGAAUAACAAAAGAUUUAACUAAGGAAUCUGCUGCCAUAUUGACAGCAACAUCUAUAAAUCAAAUCAGUGGAAUUAAUACAGAUUAUUCACAUAUAGAAUUUGGAGCUAUCCCUAAUCUUAUAAGUUGGACUAGGGAAUCUGUUGAGUAUGACGAGGCUACAAUAACAGGUACAGAUGAAUUGAUAGAUGAAGUUGAUACAUCAUUUUGUGAUGAUCCGUUUCAAGAACGCUUUAAUAAUGGAGAAGUGAUUGUGGCACCAGGAGCAACACGUGAGUUAAAUCGUCAAUUAUGUCACGCAAUAAAGAAAUUCCAUGAAUUAUUCGAUCGUGUUGAAGAUUUUGAAGUCAAUGUUGCAAGUCUAGCAAGAGUUCAAUUCCAAUUUACUGGGUUUCUUCUACAGGAAAUGUCAAAUAUUUAUCUUCAACUGGAUGAUUGGAAUAAUUUAUUAGCCCGUAUGCAAAUGGAAACUUAUCGAUCUGGAAUCGAGGAAAAUAUACGUGGGUUUUAUACAUGGAAAUUGUCAUUUGUUGAAAAACCAGAGAAAGCAUUGGAGAAAUUCGAAAUUUCCACUGUCGUCCUGAGACUUUACCUAAAAGAUAGUUUAGCAUUAUUAGCGAGACAAAGAGAGUUAAUACUUGCACAGCAAAGAAAUGGCUGGAAUGCCAAUGGAAAUGGAAACCAAGGUGAAAAUGGAGCUCCCGAUGCUGUUCAAAAUAUAAAUGAUAGAGCACCGCUAUCACCGGAACAAAUGCGAAUAUUACAAUUUGGACUGCCUGCUGAAGUAAUCAUGGAUGAAGAUAGAUUAAGGACACAAGUAGGAGAAAGUAGGUCGGAGACUCCAGAGGAAGAAGUGACGGAUUAA